AUGAUAUCACAUUCUCGCAACAACGUUCACCAUCCACUCCAACGUACCAAUGGUACUAUCCCUUGGCCACCUCCCAAAUCAUCAUUGAACCUCACUAAAAACACAUCCUCCCCUGUACCCGAAGAGCCCUCAUUGUUCACAGAGGCCUCCAAACACGCUGCAUGGCGUGCGGCCAUGGCUCUCAAGCUUCAGGCACUCCUCUCAAAUCAUACAUGGGAUCUAGUCCCACCAUCCCCUGGUCUCAAUGUCCUAGGCUCUAAAUGGGUUUUGAAGAUGAAACGUUGUGCCGAUGGGACUCUAGAGCAUCGUAAAGCACGCCUUGUGGCUAAAAGGUACCAUCAACAAGCCGGCAUCGAUUUUUCUGAAACUUACAGCCCCAUUGUUAAGCCGGUCAUAAUCCAUAUGGUCCUUUCUAUAGCUGACUUAUUGGUGGCCCUUACAUCAAUUGGACAUCCAGAACGCGUCCCUUCACAGCGAUCUUGA